AUGGCUCAACUAAAUUGUCCGCCGUGUACCCCUUGUGCAUCUGUUUGUAUUGAACACCAACCAAUUCAAACGGAAACUUCUUUGGAUAAUCCUUUCCACACUCCCAGGGAACCUACAGUAGCUGAUAUUAAUGCAUAUCAAAAGGAGCUACAAACAAAUCCGGUCGGUUUGCCAGCAAGCGAGCCACCACCGUAUCUACCGCAAAGGGAUGGCAAUUCGGAUGGUUAUCCUUUGGCAAAACUGAUGGGUCCCAUUGGUCCUUGGGCUACGGGUCGCGUCGAUUGGGGUGCGCUGUCUGGGCAAACUGGAACACGUCCCGUGGUUAAUCAGUACAGCAUUACGCGCUACAGUGUGGACGAAUGGCGUCAAAGAAAUGCGGACAUCAUAGCCGCGUGUCAGUCUACGGUUGACCAUAGCGUCAAGGUAGAAAACACUAGCAAAAACACCAUCAUACGCACCUACGCCACGGCGGACAAGACGCAAACCGAUUGCACCCAGAGUUUGCAUGUGCGCGCUAAGAAUAUCGACGAUUUAAAGAGUGAGCUGAAUCGAGCCAUUUCUGCAAUGCAGGAAGAAAUAACGGCUCUUGAACGUCAGCGUCGGCGCUUGAAGCAAUCGCUCGCGGUUCUACGUAUGCCAGAAGCAAUCGCGAACGAAUGCCUCGAACGUCGUACAGGACGUCCAGACACUGAAUUGAUCCGCGACCGUCCAGAAGAGGAGCUCAUACGUGAAAUAAGUCUUAUAUCCGAGAUAAAAGCGAUCCUAUUGCAAACUCUGGCGAACAUUGAACAACAGCAAAGCGACAAUCGCGCAGUACGGCAAAGGAUGGAAUUCGACUGGAGCGAAAAGAAGAUGGCCCACGAGAACGAUGCUAUCAAUUGUAACCUGCGCAACCAGUCGACCAACACUCUGUUCAAGCCCGGAGCGACACGCUGUUCGAAUGAGCAAUCUACCGAGAUCUACUGGGAAAAAUUUACUCGUGAAACUUUGGAUAUGUUCAACGAUUGCCGCCGUAAGUCGGAACAGCUACGUAAUACACUUGAUGCCAUACUUACUAAUGCCGCCCGAGAUUUGCGAACGCAAGCGGAUUGUGUAGAGCGGGCGUUGGCAACACGCAUAUCUUGCAUGGAAGAAAUCCGAGAGAAGCUUGAGAUUGAUUUGCGAACAACGCUGCAACGCUUGGCAGACACUGAAAUACAGAUCGGAAAGCUGCAGGUAGCUAUUCGUAACAUGGAUUACGGUAUGAUGGUUGUCCACACACGGCUCGAUAACAGAAAUCAACGUCCGAGAGUGGAAAACUGUCGUGACCAGCCGCAGGCACUUCUAAUAGCCGAGGUCAAAUCGCUCGAGGAGGGUACAUCAGCUAUGAAUGCCCAGUUGAAGCAGGAGGAGGAUAUUAAACAAGAACUCGUAAAUCGUCGCAACGAGCUGGAACGCGAAAUUAUGCUCAAACGACGCACCAUCGCCAUCGACCGAGACCGUUGUCAAUUGCUGAGAUCACAUUUUCCGUCAUCUACGGCGUUAAGCGGAUAUUAA